AUAUAUAUAUAUAUACGAUCAAGCCUUUGUGGCCUUUACUGCCUAAAUAUAGAAUACGCUGUGCCUAUCUGGUGUCCACAGCUGCAUUCCCUCUCCCUUUUUUUAUGAAGCAUGACUAUAAGAGGGUGUGUGUGUGUGUGUGUGUGUGCCAGUGUGUUUAUGAGGUCAGGCAACAGUAGUAGUACAGUUGAGCAGCAGCAGAAGCAACAGAAGAGAGAGGAUGGUCAGACAUAUGUUCCCUCAUCUCCUGCUACUCUGGUCAAUCAGCAAUGACCUUUAUAUAACUGGACUGACGUAUGACCUGCCAAAGGAGCACUCUUGGAGCAACCAGAACCUUUAUUCGGUCCCUCUGGAUUUGGACGUAAGGCUCAGGAGGCUAGACCUGUCCAACAACUUCAUCAGACAGCUGCACCCGCUUGCUUUGCCCAACUUGCAACAGCUGGACCUGAGCUCCAACCAGCUCGACCUCAUCUAUGAGGGCGCUUUUGAAGAACUCGCUCAACUUGAGGAGUUGAAUUUGUCCAGAAAUUUGCUGAGCAAGGACAUUGGCAAUAACGGCAAAGCCCUUCAAUCCAUCAUCAGAUUGAAGAGUUUGGACAUAUCCAUGAACGACUUGGGUGAUGAUGCAGUGGAACUGUAUCUUCGAAACAAACCUUCUCUUGAUCAACUUAAGAUGACCGGUAAUGCUUUGACAACACUUUCACCCAAUUUGUUCAAAGAGAGUAAAGGUUUGAGGGCCAUUACUAUUGAUGACAAUCACAUAUCGGUGAUAGAAGAGGGGACAUUUGAACCUUUGAGACAAUUAGAGCUGCUAAAUUUGGCCAGAAAUAACCUCGCACAUAUCUGUGAUUUUAAAUUACAUCAAGUUAAAUAUCUGAACCUCAGUCGAAAUUCAGUUGAGUUCUUUGUUACACGUGAAGAUGACCAGUUGUACAGGCUUGAAAUACUUGAUCUAAGUCACAACAAACUCCUUUAUUUCCCAAUUGUUCCAAAAAUGAACCGUUUGAAGUAUCUGCAUUUACAGAAUAAUUUGGUUGGUGCUUUAAAUUCAGAGGUUGCAAUGGUAUCAGAGGCCAAUGCUCUUUAUAGUGAGAUAAUGAGCGAGAAAAUUGUUAGAAAAAACAACUUGCACUCAAACUGGAGGCUGAUGCCACUGAUUUAUAUUGAUCUCAGCUAUAACCACUUCAGAUCUUUCCCACUUGAGACUCUGAGCCUUCUUACAUCAUUGGAAACUCUGAAUUUUAGUUUCAACUGUUUGCAAAACAUUGCCUGGAAUAUAAGACAUGAUGAUGAAUCAGGAAUCAGCAGGCAGCUUUUCUUUCCAUCCUUAAAGUACCUUAACCUUCAGAGUAACGGACUUGCAUUCAUUUCUCCACUUUUUCUCAAUGCGCUCACGCAAAUAGAAACAUUAAAUCUACAAGACAAUUCUGUGCAACCUUGCGCCUCCAUUGACCGAUCAACACAGCAGAUACAUCUCAACACCUCCUGUGUCGUCAUUGGCCAGCUAAGGACUCUUAAACACCUCAAUCUUAAGGAAAACAACAUCAAAAUGCUUCAACCGAACACAUUUCUAAACACCGCUUUGGUUUCCUUGAACCUUGCAGGAAAUUCCCAUAUGGUAGUCGGAAGGGAUGCAUUAGAGGGUGUGCAAGAGACUCUUCAGUCCUUGAUCAUCAGUGAAAUGAACAUGACCAGCUCUGAUCUGUCUUUACCCUGCAUGCCGGCGUUGACUCAGCUGAACAUAUCUGGCAACCGCCUCGAUCUGCUACCAAGCAGUUUGAGCUGCUCCCCCCUGACAGAAGUAGACAUUAGAAAUAACCAUUUUGAGUCUUUAAACGAAUCUUUGAUCCUUGAUUUAUCGGUGCGCCUUAAUAUUAUGUACAUAAGUGGAAAUCAUUUUAACUGUUGUGACAGUAGCUGGCUUCUAAUCCUAGAUGGGCUGAAGAUGAAACUGCCUGAUGCCAAUGACGUGGUGUGCUUUACAAUUGAUAGAAGCAUUGCAAUGAGAGAGUAUCUGAGAAACCCUUCAGGUUAUUGUUUGUUUCAUACAAAAGCACAGGAAAUUAACUUUGGAACAAUGAUCGUGAUUGUUUUAUUUGUUACUGUUAUAUUGACAGUGCUCAUCAUAUUCACCAGGAAGGUGUGUUGCACACAAAUAUCCUUUAUAGUGUGAUAUGUUAAAUCUGAUAUCGUUGGUUUAUUUUGGACAUUAUUCCAUCAAUGCACAUGGGUUACAUUCAGUAGGCAAGUGAAAUACAUUAGUGAGAAACUGAAUAGCAAACUAAAGUAACUUAAAUUCCUUUGCGUUGAAUGGCUUUCUUUUUUUUCAUUGUUAUUCUUGUAGAACAUGCAUCACGCUGUAUAACUCUCAAGGUGUUUGGUUAAGAUACGUGUGCCAAACCGUUAAUCAAGUGGAGAUGUUUUGGCCCAUCCUUCAUUGUGAAAUGUUUGCAACCAAUUAAAUGUUUUGCCUUGGCUCAAUUUUUUGUGACGUCUGUGAGGCCUUGCACAACAUUCCCAGAAUCAAAACUCCUGAACAAUUCAAUAAAACGGCAACAAAAGACAAUAUAUUUCC